AUGGUCCCUGAGCUGCUGCUGUGCCUGGGUUUGGGUUGUGCAGGAGCCCUCAGCCCCACGUGCCUGUCAGCUCAGUUCAGGAGGCCCGGGGAUUAUAUCCUGGGAGGGCUCUUCCCAUUUGGGAAGGACACCCUGAACCUGUCGAUGCGUGUGGAGCCCACCCCGGUGGUGUGUGACAGGUUGAACAUGGACGGGCUGAUCUGGGCUCUGGGGAUGAAGUUCGCUGUCGAUGAGAUCAACAAUUCCACCUCCCUCCUGCCAGGGGUGACACUGGGCUAUGACAUCUAUGACAGCUGCUUUGAGCCCCUGGUGGCCCUGCAGGCCAGCCUGAUGUUCCUGACCCGGAAUGACACCACAGGCACUGGAAUUCUCUGCGACUCCACCGACUGCCAGCCCCGCGUGACCGCCGUGAUCGGGCCCCACAAGUCGGAUCUCUCUCUGGUGACAGCCAAACUGUUCAGCACCUUCUUCAUCCCACAGGUGAGCUAUGCAGCCAGCAGUGAGAAGCUCAGCAACUCCGAGCUGUUCCCGUCCUUCUACCGCACUCUCCCCGGUGACAAGAACGUGGUGGAAGCUGUGGUCCAGCUCCUCAACAGGUUUGGGUGGAACUGGAUUGCCACUGUUGCAAGUGAUGAUGAGUAUGGCCAAGGAGCCCAGGAACUCUUCUUAAGCACAGCUGCAAGUAACAACAUCUGCAUUGCCUUCGAGGGCAUAAUUCCUACAGACGUGACCGAGCCCAGUGACAAAAAACAACUGGAAGAGGUCAUUAACUUAAUUAAUAGGACCAAAGUCAACAUCGUUGUCCUUUUUGCCUAUACUCUGUCAGCCCAGGCCCUGAUGGAACAAGCCAUCAAGAUGGGACUGAGCAAGAAAGUCUGGAUUGGCAGCCAAGCCUGGAUGCUGUCUGGCUUACCUACCUCCAUCCCAAAUAUUCAGAGCAUUGGGACAGUCUUAGGCUUUGUGACAAAAACAGGCACAGUCCCUGGCUUCCAGAAGUAUGUUGCUGACCUCUUUACCUCUGUUCAGCAGGAUGAAUUUUGCCAGCAGUCCAGAGAACUCAACCAGCUCAUGAGCACCAACGUGCUGGACCUGCAGUGCCAGGAGUGUGACAACAUCUCCCUGGGGGACAUCUCCUUCCUGCUGAGCAUCACCCAGGUGCAGCCUGUGCACAUGGCUGUGUACAGCGUGGCCUAUGCUCUGCACAGAGCCCUGGGGUGCACCUCCAAAGCCUGUCCCAAAACGCCCAUCAGAUCCUGGCAGCUGCUGUACUACAUGGACGCUCUCCCGUUCGAGGUGAACGGCCAGAGCUACAGGUUUGAUCAGUCCCACAGCACAAACACUGGCUACAAGCUCAUAUUGUGGUCCUGGAAGAAUGGCAUCCUUACCUACCUGCCUGUAGGUGACUAUAAAGAGUCCCUGCACAUCGAGGAGCCCCAGAUCCAGUUUCACACUCCAGAUCAAAAGGCGCCCACAUCGGAGUGCUUCAGGCACUGCAAACCAGGACAAAUCAGAAGGGUAAAAGGAUUCAACCUCUGCUGCUAUGACUGCACAGACUGUGCAGAAAACACCUUCUGGAACAGUCCAGACAGCUCCACCUGCACCCCCUGCCUGCAGCAGCAGUGGGCCCCUCCCCAGAGCACGCAGUGCUACGAGCGCAGAGAGAGGUUCCUCUUCUGGGACGAGCCCCUCACCAUCGCCCUGCUGGUCCUGAUGUCCAUCACCAUCCUCCUGACCUGCCUGACAGCUCUGCUCCUCCUGAGGAACCUGCAGACCCCCCUGGUGCAGGCUGCUGGGGCCGAGAGGAGCCUCUUUGCCCUGCUGUGCCUGGCGCUGCUGAGCCUCAGCUGCUGCCUCUACGUGGGGAAGCCCAGUGACACCCACUGUGCCAUGCAGGAGGUGGUCCACGCCCUGUGCCUCAACGGCUGCUUCUCCACCUUCUUCAUCAAGACCCUGGAGAUCACCCUGCUGACAGAGUUCCCCAGCUAUGCCCCCUCCCUGCUGCGCUGGGUGACCCACAGGAGGUCCUGGCUCCUCGUUGCCUUGUGCCUGCUCGUCCAGGGCUUGCUCUGCCUCUGCCACCUCUACCUGGGCCCUGCCUACCUGGGCCCUGACUACAAAUCCCUGCCCACCGAGGUGCUGCUGGUGUGCAGCACCAAGUCCUGGGCAGCCUAUGCCCUCCUGCACAGCCUCAAUGGCUGCCUGGCCCUCCUGUGCUUCCUGGGCACCUUCAUGGUGCAAACGCUGGGCAAGAAGUACAACCUUGCCAGGGGCAUCACCUUUGCCAUCCUCAUCUACUUCGUCGUCUGGAUCUUCUUUGUGGCCAUCUUUGCCACGCUGGGGACAGUCCUCAGGCCUGUCUCUCAGAUUGCCACCAUCCUGAUCAUCAGCCUGGGCAUCCUGGUGACCAACUACGCCCCCAAAUGCUACAUCAUCUUGUUCAAGCCCGAGAUGAACACGGUGGAUUGUUUCCAGAAUUCCAUCCAAGAGGAGCCAGAGGAGGACUCAGCAAACAAACAAUAAACCAGAGCCAUUGUCACCUGCUCCUCAGUAAAAGCUGGCUGUAUUUUAAUGAGAUAAUUCUGUUUAAGAGCACUCUCUGGCCCCGGGCACAACCACCAGCUGUGAAAGCACAGGGCUCUGCUCAACCAGCUAAAGCCAAAUGCUCCAGAGGAGCAGAUCCAUCCUCUCUGGAAUGGCCUGUUCCAUCCCCCACAAGCAGCCAAAAGCAGGUUCAGUUAAUCAGCCAACCUCCAGUAGUGAUAUUUUAUAUGAAUUUCUCUCUCAGCUCUGGCAAUGUG